AAACAAAGCAACUUUCUUUCCUCCAUUCCAUUGCCCACAUCGACAAGAUGUGAAAGUUUCUCCAACCUUGACUAGCUGCUUCAUCACCACUAGGAGGUGUUGUUUCAGGGAGAAAUGUCCGGUACCUUUUAUUACGGCGUAAACAGAAAGCGACACACACGAUUUGGUACUAUACGCUGUAAUCUCCUGCCUCCUCACACGAUCCCCUCCUCAACCAGCGCCCGCCGCCUCCCUGGCCCCCUUCGAGUCCCCCUCCGCCUCCCCUUGACCUUCUCCUCCUCGUCCGGCGCCGCCGCAUCUGCGGCACGCCUGCCGGCGGGCAGGACCUGCACCUCAUCUACGGCUUCUGAGUUUCGAGUGCCCCUGGUCGCCACCCCGUUCUUUGCCGCCCCAUCUCGCCUUCGCCGCCGGAGCACUCGUUGCCGCCCCAGCUCGCCGUCGUCGCCGGACCUUUCGCUGCAAGGAUAGGAUCAGGACACUCCUAGUCCAUUAUGGAGGCGCCUUCGUCCUCCCCUACUCUGCAAGAUCAUCUCUCCCGGCUGACUGGCCCC